AUGCAGAGUCUGAGAAACAUCAGGAGCAAGAAGAAGAACAAGUCCAGAACCCUGGACGAGGAACCUGGAAUCCUGAAGCUUGUCCAUCCGGGCUGCCACGUCGAAAUCCACAAGCAACCCAUUUCAGCAUCGCAGGUGAUGAAGAAGAACCCCAGACACUCGGUGGCCCGACCCGACGUGUUCAGCAACCCCUGGCUCGUGGUCCGGCCUGAUGCUAUUCUUCAUCCGGGCAGAGUGUUCCUCAUCGUCCCCAACUCGACACUCUACCAAUUGCUAAAAUCUCGAAGGGAGAGGCGCGAGUUCUCGCCUCACCCUGCUUACUAUCAGCUCGGCAGAGAAGAAGGUAAAGGAAAUCAUGGCGGUGAUGCUGGGUCCCUGCCGGAACCAGAAAUGGUUGCUAGCAAUGUCAACGGCUCUUUUGAUAAAGAAGAAGAGGAAGAGGGUCAUGAAACUGAUUCUCCACGGAUCAGGCUUAGUUCCUCUUUCUAUCACAGGAAUGCCAGAGUCAGUCCUGGAAUUCCUGAUGAAGACUCUGCCCGGUUCGGUUUCGGAUGGGCUCAUCAGGAUGGACAGGUUGCCAAGCUGAAGCCUUGUUUGAGGAAUCCUGAAAGCGGUCGGAGAUUGCUUGGGCUGAGAGUUACUUUUAAUUUGCCUCGCCGGGAAGGAUAA